CCCAGCUUCAGGGAGGAUCUGGGGUGCAGCUGACCCCACAGCCGCCUCCUGGUAGACCAAGGCUGACCAACAGACCAGCCUGGGUGAGGGCCCCCAUGUUGGUGCACCCGCCAUGCCAACAGGAAGAAGAUGAAGACGUGGGGACCAGUGCUAUGUCCAGAGGCAAGAACCAGCCGCUCCACACUGAGACCCUGAGGCAUAGACAGAAGCUACCCAAGCUGGUCAUGCAGGGAGUGGGUCUUGACAGAAGCCCUCAAAGCAGGGUCAAGCUGGAGUCUCCAAGGAAGACAAGUGUGGCCCAAAGGGACCAAGCACCCUGCACACCCCAGCAGGGCCUGGGGAGGCCAAGAGAUUGGCCACGUCCUGGACUGAAGCCCUUUGCACCCCAAGAUCUCAUCCUCGAGAGGGCAGGGCCCAGAGCGACCCCUAAUAUGUCUGUGUGGGGAAAGAGCCUGUUAUAAAAGCCUACGUGGCCCACAGAGGAGCAGAGCAAGUGACCUGGAUGCACUGUGAAGAUCGUGUUGGCCUCUCUCCUCCCAGGCUUGGAGCGCUCCCCCUGCCAGUGUCAAGCAGGAGACCAAACAGUCCUACAUCAUGUCUAGUGCCAAGUUAAGACACCCUCUCAAACAUCACGGAACACAUGUUGAAACAGGAAUUCUAAUUAUAAAAGUCUAAGUUUGUCUGUCUGUAAUGCUUUAUUCACACUGUGAUUGGGUGAUGGAAACAGCCAAUCAGAGUGCUCCAAGCAUGGGGGAGCACCGCCAUGAUUCUAAAGCCAUCCCGAGGACCGGACAGAGGGUGGGUGAGCCAGGGCCAGCAGCGCUGGCCUCGGCUCCCCCAUCCUGCUCCCUGCAAGCCGCGCUGAGGACCGGACGGGUGGGGGAGCAAGGGCCAGCAGUGCUGGCCUUGGCUUCCCCACCCUGCUCCCUGCAAGAGGCAGAACAGUGGCAGCAUGGGGCAUUAGGUGGCGGCAGUCCAUCCCAGCCCCUUUCCCCAACCCAUCAUUCUUGACAGGCUAGUAAGAAGUAAAUGUUAAACAAUGUGGGAGUCAGUGCACGGCCCUGCUUCACUCUGUUGUUGAUGCUGAAUGAGUCAGACCCUUGGUUUUCAUACAUUACAGUUGCCUUCAUGCCAUCAUGUAAAGAUUUCACAAGGUUUAGCAGUAUAGGUGGACAACCAAGCUUCUUCAGAACAGUGUUAAGCUCUGACCAACGAACCGUGUCAAAGGCUUUUGUUAAAUCUAUAAAAGCCAUAGUGGGAUAUGCUUCUCUCUGCACUUUCCUUGCAGUUGUCUUACAGAGAAGACAAUCUCUAUUGUGGACCUUUCCAACCAGAAGCCACACUGGCUCUCAGGAUAGGUUUUCCCAGCUAAUGAAUGGCAGCAAUACUUCCAAAUGGUCUGCAAACCAGUCAUCAUUUUUCUUAGUAUUCUUUCCAAAACUUUUGCUUGCCACAUUUGUACAUAGUUAUCUUCAGGAUUUCCCAUGCAGCUGAUGCAGUCUCAUUCAUUCUGGCUGAUUUGCUAUUUCUUCAAUGAAAAGCUAUUUCUUGAUAGGAUUAUUGAUUUGGCAAAAGUCAAUUCAAGGUUGUCCAGCAGUUUUAUUGUGGUGGAGCUUCUUAGCUUGAAACUUCACUUUGUAGCAGACAAGGGAGUGGUCGUGCUGCAGUCUACGCUUUGGAAGGGUCUUGUAUGCAGGUUGUCUUUCAAAUGUGUAUGCUUUUUCAGUAACAAAUUCAGCUGAUGCCAGUCUUCAUGACAUUCUUCUGAUGUUACCAGCAAAGGUGUUGGUCACCGAUAAGUCUUGACUGGCACAGAGCUCAAGAAUUCUCUGAUCAUUGUCACUCAUACGUCCAAUGCCAUGCCUGCCCAGAAUCCCAGCCCAGGUCUCAGACUUGGAUCCAACACUUGCAUUGGAGUCUCCAACUACUAGGAUGGGUUCCUUCCAUGGAAUCUGGCUGAUCAGUUCUUCCAGCUGUUGAUAGAAGCUGUUCUUCUCCUCAUCACUAGCCUGCAAGGUGGGAGCAUAGACACUGACAGGGUUGAUGAAACCCUUCCAUAAUCUAAUGCAGUGUUGUGGUACGUAUGGAUACUGAAAUCGAUGUAGGAACGCUUCACAUGAUAACAUAAGUUAAUUUCUGAUAGCAAAACCUACACCAUGCUCUCCUUAUUCCUUCAGGUUUGCCAUGCCAGGAAGUGAUGUAGUCCUCUUUUAUGAAGCCUGUGUCACAGAGCCAAGUUUCCAAAACACCUGCAAUAUAAAUUCUGAAAUGUGCAAGCUCAUUACUCAACAUAGCCAUUUUCCUUAGAUCUGAAUCCAGAUGUGAGUCAUAUCCAGGGGUCAGAGUCUGAAUAUUCCAAAAAGCAAUUCUGCUUAUAAAAUCAGUUGAUCCAGGAUGUAAGCAGUGAGGCAAGCCUUGUUUGACCCACCUUUUCUAAAGCCACUCUUAUGUGAGGCAAGCAAGCCAUCUUUAACCAGUGCUGCUUGGAAAUCUUGGUAGCUGCCUCAGGGCCCUUAUUCCUCUCUCCAAUCCCUGUAACCAUUUUGCCAAGACCUUCAGUGCCUAGGCCUAGGCAGAGUCAUAGAGGAGCGGAGGCUGCCAUAGAUCCCCCCUUAAGAUCACAGCCAAAAUCCAAAGGCCAGAACAAGUCUAGACAUUCAGUGACACAGAAGUGGUAGCUGCUGCCAGAGAGCAACCUGAAUAGAGCUGCUAAUUGCCUGUUGCUUCAGUGUGAGCGCCUUUUCUAUCAGGAUGAGGUCCCUUAGCCUUUCUUUAACCAAGAAAUGUCCACAAAGCAGCAGAGGAUGCAGUUUAAUGUCAUGCCCAGGACAAAUGGCAUGUCAGGCCAGAGGGCCACGAGGUCACAGACAAACUGCCAGAGAGUCAGAGAAGGGCCAUCCCUGUGAGGGCAAAAAUGGCAGUCAGUCUGGGCUGCACCGGUCUGUACAUCUUAUGUUGUACUGUCCUGGCAACUGUUGAUCACCUGGAUCACGGUUUACAUGCAAGUGGUCUAUAUGACCAUCACACCAUAACCACCAGCGCAUGCACCUAGGCAAGAGGAUGGAGCACAAGAGGCUGCCGUGGACCUACCGCCCCCCACUCAGACCAUCGAGACAGAGUCCAAAGGCCAGACUGAGUCCAGAAGUUCAGUACCUCCAUGGAUGUAGCUUCCACCAGAGAGCAAUAGAUAGAGCUGCUGCUGACUGCCUCACACCUCAGCAAGGGCGCAUUUCUCUCAGGAUGAUGUCCCCUUGCCUAUCUGUAACCAAGGAGUACCCACAAAGCAGCAAGGUUUUAUUGUACUAUAUAUUUAUAUUGAAUAGAAACCUUUAAUGUUUAAAAGGAAAUAUACAUCAGACUGUUAAUGAUAUCAUCAGUCAUUACCACUGUUGUGUGAUUUAGUGUUGUCACCUGUCACUACAAAGGGUACUUAUUUAGUGAGGCAAAUAUAAUGCCAACAUGGAUU